AUGGCUAAGUUGGACAAAAUAAGCAUCGAGACACUUAAGGGAAAGGGUGAAGCCUUACUCCCAAAACUUCUCUACAAACUGCAACUCGCUCCGGGAGCUGGCGAGGACGUGCCUGAGAAUAGUGAAGUGCAAGUCGAACUCCGCCUGAUCGUGAGGGGUCAGAGCAUUAUCGAAUACUCGCAGGAACCCUUCGUGAAACAACUGGAGCAAGUUCUGCCGACGGGAUUGAAAAUCGCUCUCUCAUCGAUGCGGAAAGGUGAGAGGGCUCUGAUCUGGAUGGACUCGGCUCUGGCCUUCGGAUCGAGUGCAUUGUCCUUGGAGCCUGGCGUGAAAAUAGCCAAGGACUCCAAUCUUGUUUUCGAAGUUUUCCUGCGGUCCUGGAACGAUAAGCCCGAGUCGACGAAACUGCGGUUCAAAGACAGAACUCCUUUUGAUAGCAUGGCUCUGAUCCGAGAGGAUCUCAACGCUGCGGAAGCUCUCAUAGAGAAUGGCAAGAAGCUACAGGCUCUUCGGAUUUUGAAAAGAAGUCUGUGGUCUGCCCGUAAGGUGCAGAUCGACGCAGAGAAAUCACCAGCUGAAGAGAGAGCUCGUCAGAGCUUCGUUCACGCCAUUACGGUGAAGACAGCAGAAUGCGCCUACGAACUGGGGCACUACCCGCUGGCUGUUUCUCUGUCAAAAGAGGCGCUCGAAGUUGAUAGAUUCGACGCAUACGUUAAUUACAUCUGCGGUUGUGCUUAUUUCUCGCUGGGCUACGUGAGCUCAGCGACUCGCUACAUCCGCGCGGCCCAUCAUAGCGACUUGCAGAACGGAACGUACGAGAGAAAAAUGCGGGAGAUCGAGAGACAUCAGGCGCUGCUCAACAAAGACGUAGACUACGACUCCGACAGAGAAGAGUUCGAAGAAUAUGCGGCCCACUGCCUCAAGAAAAUCGACGAGAAUAAGAAGGCUCUGAGGAAGAGCAUAAGGAAAUUCGUCAAUGAGCAGUUUGAGAAGAGGCAGCAGACAGUCUUGAUCGGCGGCGGUUUCCCACCGGCCCUCCUUAAAGAGUUCAAGGAUAAAAUUAUGGCAGGAGGAUCGCGUAUUUAUUUUGUUCAUGGAGGUGACGAUGUCCUCGAAUUGAAGUAUUAG